GCGGCACGCGCCCCCUUCGAAACCGACGCGGCUUCUAUAUGGAACGUGCAGGACGUGUCACUGUUCCGAGCCGGAUUGCAGGGGCUCUUGUCCUCGGUGCGGCCGCCUUUUUCCUACCCGUUGCUCGCCCCGAACACAUCGUUUCAGAGCCAAAUUUCAAGGAGCCAAUCACCAACGUCACAGCGCCAGUUGGACGAGAAGCAAUCCUUGCCUGCAUCGUCAAAGAUCUUGGCGUUUACAAGGUGGCCUGGUUGAGGGUCGAUACUCAGACUAUACUGACGAUCGCUGGUCACGUGAUAACGAAGAAUCAUCGGAUCGACGUUAAGCACAGCGAUCAUCUGACCUGGUUUCUUCACAUUCGAGAAGUCCGGGAGACCGACAGAGGCUGGUACAUGUGCCAGAUAAACACCGACCCGAUGAAAAGCCAGAGAGGCUAUCUCGACGUUGUUGUUCCACCGGACAUCCUGGACUAUCCGACCAGCACUGAUAUGGUCGUUCGAGAGGGAAGCAACGUUUCUCUUAGGUGCGCUGUUACUGGGUCACCACCGCCUACUAUAACGUGGAGACGCGAGGACGGUCAUCCUAUUCCUCUAGGAAAUGGUGUCACCAGCAUCGAGGGUCCAUUCUUCAACAUCACUAAGGUGAACCGACUUCACAUGGGAUCGUAUCUUUGCAUCGCGUCCAACGGAGUUCCACCAUCGGUCAGCAAGAGGAUAACGCUAAUCGUUCAUUUUCCACCCAUGAUUUGGGUUCAGAAUCAACUCGUUGGGGCGAGGGAAGGCCAGCAGAUGACACUCGGCUGCCACUCUGAGGCCUACCCUAAAUCCAUCAACUACUGGACUCGCGACGAGGGCCAAAUCGUCCCUCAGGGGGGUAAAUAUGAACCCUCAAUAUUCGAGGACGCGUACACGGUUCACAUGAAUUUGACGAUCAGAUCGGUGGGUCCGUCGGAUUUUGGAGCUUACAAAUGCGUUUCGAAAAAUUCACUCGGUGAUACCGAUGGGAGCAUCAAACUUUAUGAAAUUCCUUCGAGUUCCGGUUCCCGUUCAACUUACGGCAACGGGACGAAGUACAAAGAAAAAAUGGCUAAGAAUUAUGGCAACAAUUACGUAGACGGGGAUCCGAAUGUUCUGAAAAAAAUAGACCUGAAGCUGCGGGGUCGCAAGGAAAAUGGAAGGGAUGAUGACGAGGAUUAUGACGAGACCUCGGGGGCGAAUUCUCGCAAUCGAAUGUCAGCCACUUCGACGCUGUUUUCGUGGCUGAUUUUUGCCAUUUUGAGCCAACGCACCGCAUUCGGAGAUUUGCAAUCGCAGUUGCUUCCGGCCUGAGAAAUAUUAGGAAUAUAAAGAAAAGUAAUUCAGAUUUUUAGUUCACUUAGUUUUUACUUUCACCUCAUUUAGCCAACACAGAAACGUCGCAAUAUCUGUUCGCAAAAUAUCUAUCCAUAUAAUCGCACGGAUCGAAACGCGAGUAGAACAAGUAUUUUCGGUAUAAUCAGUAAAAAAUAUGACGCGUAGGGAAAUUACACAAAACACAUGCAAAGACACGUUGUAGGUAUUUAAAAAUAGAACAUUUCCAUGCUGGAGAUACGCUUGUAUAAUGUAACAAUUAUGUAAAUAAUAAUAAUAAUAAUAAUAAUAAUAAUAAUAAUAAUGAUAAUGAUAAUAAUAGUUAUAACAUUAUUAUGUACCAUUGUGUAAUAUAUAACGACAGCAAAAUUUUUCAAGAUGGCGCCGUUAUUCAAUGAUUCGUUAAGAUUAUAAAUAGUGGAUGGAUGCAUAUAUAUAUAUAUAUAAAUAAAUGUACGCUCAUUGAAGUUAGAAGCGUGCCGUUUGUAACGUUAUCAUCGUUUGAAACUUUAGUGGCGUUGAUUCGUUGGAAAAAACAACGACCAACGCUUUUACUUUAUUUAUCGCAUUCAUAAAAAAUAUCGAUCAGAACACCUUUCAUCUCGGUGUUUAAACUCAUUUAUUAUUAUACGAUCAUUAUUAUAUUCAUU